UUUUCAAUUAUUUAAUAUCUUAUUUAAAGUAAUUUUCAAUUUAAAGUGAUUUAAGAGUUUAGUUUAGCUCCGAUAAUGAGUUCUGUUUGCUUACCCGCUGGAGACAUUUUUGUGCCUGUCCAAAUUGAGGAAAAUGAUAUAUAUACUGGAAUAUUUAAGCUUCUUGAAGUUAUACGGCCCGAAUGGUCCAAGGAACACGUAAACUUUAAGUUGUACACCGAUGGUAUCACAAAUAAACUUGUUGCAUGCCAAUACCAAUCCCAGGCUCAAUUUAAUGAUAAUAUUAACAGCGGAAAUAAUGUCGUGCUCGUUCGUAUCUAUGGAAAUAAAACGGAUCUGAUUAUUGACAGAACUGCUGAACUGAGGAACAUAAAGAAACUCAAUGUUCUUGGCUUGGCGCCUAAGAUAUAUGGGAUAUUUGAAAAUGGAUUGGCUUAUCAAUACUACCCAGGUGUAACUCUGAAUGUGGACACUGUUUUGGAUUCAAAAGUUUGGCCACUGGUGGCUAAGCAAAUGGCAAAAAUGCACAAAGUUCAGUUGGGACCUGAGGUGACAAAAAAUCCAAUGGUAUGGGAUAAAAUUGAUCAAUUUUUAAAUUUAUUACCAGAACCAUUUACAGACGAAACUAAACAGAAGAGAUUUGUCGAUAGCUUUGGCUCACUAACCAGACUCAGGAUAGAAUCCGAGCGAUUAAAGUCGUAUGUAACAAAAACCGAGAGCCCGAUCGUGUUUGCUCACAAUGAUUUACUUCUAGGAAACGUUAUCCACAACCAAGAUGAAGGAACCAUAUCUUUUAUAGACUAUGAAUACGCCGCUUAUAAUUAUCAAGGGUUUGACAUAGCAAAUCAUUUCAAUGAAUUUGUUGGGUUGUCAAUAGAUGAUAUCGACUACGGCAAAUAUCCUAGCAAGGAGUUCCAGAUGUCUUGGAUAGCUGCGUACUUGGCGGAGUUUUUGAACGUGGAUUCACCAGACCAAAGGGCAGUGGGGAAAGUGUACGAGGAGGUCCAGCAACUGGCGUUGGCCUCCCAUUUUAUGUGGGGGGCGUGGUCUUUGGUGCAAUUCGAACUUUCGGAUAUUGAUUUCGAUUUUGGAAGGUACGCCAAGAUACGGUUCGAUCGAUAUUUCGAACUGAAAGAUAACAUCUUCAAGCAACUGAGUUGAUCUCGCGUCGAAUGAGACAAUAUUAGCAAUAAGCGGUAAUUUUAAAUGUACCUACAA